AUGGCCACCCCUAGUGUUCUCACCUUUGACGCUGAGGGUCGGGCAGUUGACUUUGAGGUUUGGGUAGAUGAUCUGCAGCUUUUCUUACAGUGCGAUAGGGCAGACGGUCUCUCCCUGUUUGACCUCACUUCUGGUGCCUCUCCUGCCCCUGCUGCUGAUGCUGACGCCACUGUUCGCUCACAGUGGGCCACGCGCGAUGCUGGUGCUCGCCUUGCUGUGCGCCGCCACUUAUCGACCACUGAGCGUGCACACAUGAGCCAGUACAAGAGUGCUCAGACCUUGUACGAUGCAGUAGUUGCACGCUACUCUUCCCCUGCCACUGCUGCACUGAGCCGCCUCAUGCUACCGUACCUCUUCCUUGACCUUGCUGCCUUUCCCACAAUCGCUGACCUCAUUACGCACCUCCGCACUAGCUACACUCGCUACCGCGCUGCGCUUCUUGCUGAGGCGCUGGAGGGGCUGGCGGGGGCAGUGGAGGUGGUGUUGGAGGCAGUGGAGGGAGUGGGGGUGGUGGUGGGAGUGGUGCCGGGGGUGGCGGCGGCGGCGGGAGCAGUGGAGGCGGAGGAGGCGGCGGUGGUGGCGGAGGGAGCGGAGGCGGCGGAGGUGGCGGAGGAGGCGGAUGUGGAGGAGGUGGCGGAGGCGGCGGCGGCGGCGGUGGUGGAGCCGUUCGCGACUCUGCGCAGAGGAGUGGCUCAGAUGAUGGUCCGCGCCAGCAGCAGCGGAGUGGCGUGA